AUGCCGCCCUCAUCUGCGCCGCCUAGCCGGCUCGAGACCCUUAAAGACAGGCUCAAACUCCGGGAGCAUCUCUCACGCUACUUUUCUGGCGACCAGAGCCUCUUUGUGCAAUCCACACCCGCUAGCGAACUGCCCAACAUUCGCAACCUUUGCGUCAUGUGUGACAAGCCCGGACAGAAGAAGUGCGGCAAAUGCAACCAAGCUGCUUACUGCUCUCGAGAAUGUCAAGUGGCAGACUGGCCCCAGCACAAGGCGCUGUGCAAGACCUUUGGUGACUUCGCCGAGGACAAACGCCCAUCUAACAGCCAUGUUCGUGCCAUCCUCUUUCCUGCAGCCGACGAUAAGCCCAGGUUUAUCUGGUUAGAGCAGAAGAUUAAGCGCCACGAGACUGUCGUGAUGUUGGACAAGUUUCUGGAUUCGACCUCUUCUGAUACUCAGAGCAUUAGCAUAAAUAACGCUCUCGCUGGCAUGGGCUUUGCUCCCAUCGGUCACGGCCUAGGAAUAAUCUCACAGUCGAACGAAGCAGGCGACAAUAUCAAGUUGACCAAGAGCAUCAUGUCCCUGGGCAAGGCUGGACACCUGGGACCAUGGUAUGGAAAUCACGCUGUUAUUGGUCUCAAGCAUGUAGCUCGACUCGACGGCAAGAACCAGGCCCCUAUGGGCAGCUCAGAUGGAGGCCGUACAGGUGCCAUACAAGAAUUCGAGGCUGUCCAUGGCCAUAGCUAUGGAGACUCGAGCAGCCAAUCAAAUCACGGCCAGGUAAUGGGUGACGAUGUCAAUUUCCGCGACUUUCGCCAUUCUGUUGAUGCAUUCCAGGGCUGGUUCCUGAACUACUGCAUUGUCAACCCAGUGCGCUACCACCGGCCUGUUAUUCCUGCGCUCUUGAUACACUGCGACGGUUGCUUUCUACGCUUCUCUGCCUUUGGAGCUUUGAGUCCUGUCCAGAAGGUCCAGGUUCCUGUCCAUAUUCUGCAUGAAUUCCAGGCCUUCAUUGAACAGGAACCAGCGACUGGUCCUCAACAGGUUGGGCUUGAGUGGUUCACCCGACGAUUCUCGCCACAGAGAGAAUUCGUCACGCAGCACAUCAAUAAGACAACUUUGAACAACGCCAUAGCUCGGUACUUGGUGCCUACUGACGGUAUUACCAACUUCCGACGCAAUGCAGCCCUUGGGAUGAGCCCUAACUGCAUCGACAUUGCAAAGCCUCUGGGUGGGUCCACGCUGCUGUUCGAUGGUCGAGGUGCCCCCAUCGACCCUGUACACCUGUACGCCUUGAACGAUUUUCUAGCAAGCGUUGAGGAGUAUCAGCCAAAAGACAUUCCCGCCAUAAAUGGCAAGAGGGAUAUCGUUCCACGCUUGUGGAUCAACCACCAUGAGCAUGGUGCCGGAAAAGGUUCAAAACCAGAGACAGCGUUCAAGGCCUUCUGGUCAAAGUGGAAGAAAGAGAAGCUGGAACGUGGUGUGGACCUGAGUGAAGUGCCCUCGCCCUAUGACAUCUCAGGCAUUCUCGACCACGAAGUGGUUUAUGCGGAGACUCUCACCAACAAGAUCUUUCACGGAGCGCACCACUGA